AGAUGCUGAAUCUCAACUCACAGGACGACAACAGGAACUCUCUGCGGGACCCUGUGUCUCUGAACGUCGGUGGAGAGAUUUACACCACAACUCUGGGCACUCUGACACACUGUCGGGACUCGAUGUUAGGAGCCAUGUUCACCGGACAAAUCCCUGCGCUAAGAGACAGCAGAGGAAAUGUUUUCAUAGACCGUGACGGGAAAGUGUUCAGGUAUAUCCUGAAUUACCUGCGCUCCAACUCCCUGGACCUGCCGGACGGCUUUUCAGAGCUGUCGCUGCUACGGAGAGAAGCGGAUUUCUUCCAGAUACGCCCCCUGCUGGAGGAGAUUAACCAGUACGAGGUAAAAAUGCCUCUGAGCCUCAGGGGAGGGCCGCUAGGAGCCAUGAUCAUGGUGAAGGUUGACUCAAAGGUCCGAGUUCUCCACUUUAACUUGCGUCAUGGACCAGAAAACUAUGAGCUGCGCACAUGCUCGGUGCGAGCCUUCACAGUAGACCUCUUUUGCACUUGGACAGCGUUCCUGGCUCUGCUAUGUGAGCACUUCUCCUACAGAACAUCUCAGGGUCUCACAAGCCCCCAUCCGUGCAGCCCGAGGCAGAACAGGCUGAAGCUGGAGUGGGUGCCAAGACCUGAAGACCUCCCCCAGGAACAGUAUGACAAACAGCGCUACCGAGGGCUUACUGUCUCCAACCCCGCCGAGGUCAACCAGUCAGAUGACAUCAUCAACAGGCACUGGAGCCCGUGUGAAAUCCCAGACAUGCAGGGGUUUGUGGAGGAGCUGCUGAAGGUGUCUCUGGCUGAAGGAUUCAAGAUUGACCUGGUGACUCCUGAUCCAGCAGAAGUUCUUCACUGCACCUCACUCCGCCUGGUCAAGUGCUAAACUCUACGAGAUGUUAGUCUCUGUGCGACAAAUUAGUCUUUUAAGACGCACUUUGACUGAGAGGAGUCUGAAUACUUUAUCAAAUCUACACGGUUAAUUUUUGUAUUAUUCUUUUUAGUGGAUUUUCAUGUUCAUGUGACAAUGCAGGGCAUUUACAGCAGUAUCUUACAUAGGAAGGGGGAGAAGAUGGGGAAAUGUAGCUAGUGUUGUAGUACUCGAAAUCGGUCUUGGUCUCAAGACCACUUUUUAAUGGUCUCGGACUUGUCUUGCUAUUGAAAGCAUUUGUACUUGGUCUUGUCUCGGACUGGGUGGACUCUGGAUUUUUAAUAAAGACCGGUCAAGACCACCACUGAUAGGCUAUUUUUCCAGGUCAUUACUGUGAUAAAAAGGGAAACGCCUCUCUUUAAAAGAACGAAUAACUUUAAUUAAUUCAUAGUUUGAUUUUUAUUCCCGGUUACGGCCGCAGCCUUCCCGGUGUUGCGGUCUAAGUGAGUGACACGCCCCCCUGCACACAAGUUGAUGAUUUUUCAUUGAUAUUUGUGGUCUUGGUCUUGUCUCGAUCCCUAAAUGUCUUGGUCUCGUCUUGGUCUCUGAGCGCUCUGGUCUCGGGUGUGUCUUCGUCUCGGUUAGUGUGGUCUUGACUACAACGCUAAAUGUAGCUUCAAGGUAAAAAAUGAAUACAGGAACAGGUCGUCAAACAACAAUUAUGAAGAGACUUACAAGUUAUGUAAAAACAAAUUUAACUUGGGGCAAUCAAAGCUGUUAGGUCCCACAUGAAAUCCCAAAAAAGCGCCUACACUACGUUGCAAAAAUGCUUUUCAUUUCUUUGUUUGUGUCUUUAAAGGGUCUUAAAUUUGAUUUCAAAAAGUCUGCAACAACCCUAAUGACAUAUAAAGGACGACACAGAGAUGAGCCACAAUCCAGAGAAAUGAUGGAUGAAGCAUCACAGUACGACGUAAUGAUAAAUGGUUUUACUUUUACAUCAAUGCUGCAUGUACUUAUACAUAUCCACAGCAUCAAUGGAUGAGCGAGAAGAACUUACUUAAAGUCGCAUCAUCAUCCUUGCCCGCUGAUUUCUGGUGAAUUUUCCUGAAUAAUUCUGACCGCGUUCACACAUAAAUUCACCCCUGACUUCACGUGGAACUUUUACUUGAGGUUGGCAGGAUAAAUCCUGGCUAAAGUCAGUACCCCAGUAUUCAGAGACAUUUUCUGGAGUUUUGUGUGAAAGUGAAAUCAAUGAACUCUGGAUUUAACUCUGUCGUCACAGAAUUAUCCAUACGUCAGUUAUUAACUUUAAUCUUUUAACAUCUUGUGUUAUAUAAAUAAGAGAUUAUUAAUACGAGUUUAGAUUGAACUCUUGAAACAUUUUGUAUUCAGCAGGUUUAUCUUUUCUCCUGUUAUAGAACUGACCAACUAUUAAUUGAUUUGCCGUCUUCAAUACAAAGUUAUUGUGUGCAAAUGCUGACAUUCUGGGGACAUUUAAUGCCUAACAAUCAGGUUAAUCUUUUCCUUUUUUUUUCCAGACGUGUGAUCUAAAAACAUAACUUGCUUCAUGUUGUAUUCCAUAUAUACAGUAUGUCUGUUGUAGAAAUGUUCUCGGCUGAAUCUCGAGAUAGGAAUGCAACAAAAAGAGCUGUCGAGCAGAGGUAGUCCUGCUUGAAAACAGACGUUCUAUAUAAAAACUUCAAUUAAGAAACAAACGAUCUCAGUUCUCCAGGAAAUUAAAUUCUAUUUGGAGUUCUUUUUAAUAAGACAAGGGACACACACACACACACACACACACACACACACAAGCAACCAAAUCUGACCAAAAACAGUUCCUGUGGUGAGAAAACCAUGAACAACGUGAAAUAUCCGUGUAGCUGUCUGUCCAUUGAGAAAUGAGAAAGUCUCUUUGGUAGUUAUGCAGCAAUUUAACAAAUUGAUCCAUGAUUCUGACCAGAGCAAACGCCCCAAAAUUUUGGUGUGGCAGCAGCUCAGUCUGUAGGUCCUUGUGUUGGGAACCGGAGGGUUCAAGUCCCGGUGCAGACCAGAUCCUGAGCACUGCGCUCCCUUCAUAGCAGUGUGUAGCAGCCCCACUCUGACAUCUCUCCCCCUAAUGCAUGUCCACAGGUCCUGUUUUUACAUGUGUGUGAUUCGGGCCUAUGUGUGUGAGAAGCAUGUCUCUCAAUAACAGAGUGUAAAGCAGAAUUUCCCUCAGGGAUUAAAAAAAGUAUUUCAAAAUCAAAUUCAAAAAUCUAAAUCUUCAAGGUUUGCUCGGGCUCUAAAACUCUGCAGGACAUUUUCUCUGAUGUGUGGUUUGAUUUUUAGGCGGUGUAGCUGUAAAUAUUAAGGCUGCUUUCAUAGUCUUUGUAGCUACUAUAUGCUGUAACAUUUACAAAUGUAGACUUUGAUUUAUCAAAGACAUGUGAAGGUAUGUUUACCCAACCGACUUUGCUGGAUUAUAGGAAUUAUGACAACUGACUUCACUUGUGAUUCAAGUUUUCUGUUCUCGUAUCUUUCCACAAACUAAAUAAAAUCUUCACCCACAAAUUU